AUGGAAUCCCCACUUGCAAAGUUAGAUUUUGAGAAAAUCUGCAGAAUAUGUAUGAACGAGGGCACCAUGAUGUCAAUUUUCAAAGUCAAUGUAUCAAAGAAAAUGAUGGCCUGUGCGGCAGUUCAAGUAUGGCCAAAUGAUGGCUUACCUGCACAGAUUUGUAACAGAUGUUCAGCCAAGCUCCAUAUUGCUUUUCAGUUCAAAAAACAAUGUGAAAAGUCUGAUGGAAAGCUACGUCAAAUGAAAUUUAAUAGACCACUUGAUGUCCCACAAGAACAAGUACAGUUGCAAGAAGAAAUCCAAUCAAACCAAGUAGAACCACAGCAAGUCAUCACACAAGAACUGUCUCAAACAGUACCUCAAAAUAACUGUAUUUACAUUGGAUGUAACCCUGGGGCUGAGCCAAUUCAGGGCACAUUCAUUUCUACAACUCAGACUCAACCUCAAUCCUUGGGACAAAUGGGUUAUCAACCUGAGAAUAAUGUGCAAUUAAGUGCUUAUAGUUUGAAUGAUGUUGGUCAACCACAGGUGUAUACUAGCAUCAGUGGGACAUUUGAUAUACCUUUACAGCCUGUUACAGGGAUUUUGCAUAAUCAAAUGGCACAUCAAAUUCAAUUGCAAACCCAACAUGUUACCUCUCUACAACCCCCACCAUUACAACCUAGACCAAUAGUGCAAACAGAGGACAAUGAUGACAAAAGCCCCACUGAAGGCUCUGAGAAACAGUGCCCCACCUGUAAGAAAGUAUUUGGAAAUGCUAACAAACUUUCCAGGCACAGGAAGACCCAUUCACCUGAUAUGCCUUACAAGUGCAAGGUUUGUGCCAAGGCUUUCUCUCACAGUGGUAAUUUUAAAAUUCAUAUGAGAAUGCAUACUGGGGAGAGACCUUUUAGGUGCAUGGUGUGUGGAAAAGGUUGCAGACAAGCACAAGACUUAGAGAAGCAUAUUCGAACUCAUACAGGUGAAAGACCUCACAAAUGCGCGACUUGUCCAAAAGCCUUUUCUACCCGAUCAAAUCUUAUCGCCCAUAUCAGAACUCAUACGGGCGAGAGACCAUAUGUAUGUUGUGUCUGUCAAAAAGGCUUCUGUCAGUCCAACGAACUCACGAAGCACAUGCGGACACACACGGGAGAAAAGUCGCACAUAUGUGAUAUUUGUAACAAAGGUUUCAACGGAUCCAGCACCCUGAUUGUCCACCGGCGGUCGCACACCGGCGAACGGCCCUACGCCUGCGCGGUCUGCGAACGUGGCUUCGCGCAAUCCAGCUGCCUGACGGUGCACAUGCGUCGGCAUGGCGACCACCAGAAGCACCUCUGCCAGCUGUGCUGCAAGCGUUUUCCCACCAGCGAGAAGCUGAGCGAACACGCUAGGAUCGCGCAUGCCGACGAGGAACCGGCUGAGAAGGCGGAGAAGACUUAG